GUCAUUCUAUAUAAAAAAAAAAUCUAAGCGUAACAUUUUAAGCCCUUUUUCCAAAUUUCUACCAAAGAGAAAAAAAAACCAAAAUCUAAACCCUCUCCGCUGCUGCAAAUACAAACUCCACCACUGCCGCCAAACGUCCUAGGGUUUCAGCUUCCUAAAUGGCAGAGAAAGAGGCAUCGGUAGAGCCUUCCGAGACCAACACACCAACUGAAGACAUGGAUCUCGAAAACCUUAACUCUUCCGCCCAAAACCCCGAUGACGUAGACGACGCCAAUGGUGUCAACAACGGUGACUCAAAGUCGAAGCGCGGCAGAGAAGAAGACGGCAAAGAAAGCGACGAGGUAUCUAAAAAACAGAAGUUGGAGAAGUCUGUAGAGGAAGAAAGGCUGGAGGAGAAGUCCGAGUCGGGUCGUGUCCGGCUCGGCCCGAAGGAUUUCGGGUCGUCAGUCGAGAUGUUUGAUUAUUUUUACACUUUGCUUCAUUAUUGGCCUACUCAACUCAACCUUAACAAGUAUGAGCACAUGGUAUUGCUGGACUUGCUUAAAAAAGGUCAUCUAGAGCCUGAUAAAAAGAUUGGUGGAGGGAUCAAAGCUUUCCAAAUACAAAAUCAUCCAAUGUGGAAAAGUAAAUGUUUUUUUGUCAUUAGGGAUGAUGAAAGUGUUGACGAUUUUAGCUUUAGGAAGUGUGUUGAUCAUAUACUUCCCCUGCCAGAAGAUAUGAAGAUUAAACCUGAUGCAAACAGGGCAUUGGGCAGUGGGGGUCGGAAAGGACGAGGUGGAAAAGGAGGUGGACGAGGCCACGGAAGAGGUGGUAAGUCAAGAAACUAAGGCAAUGGUAAUUAAAAUGGGGUUGAAUUUGGAUUCAACUCUGUUGUAGGUUCAAAACUGCUUUAUUUUUCUUAUAUCUGGCCUCAAGUUCCCAACUAACGCAUUUUCAAAAUUUUGGAUGUUGACGAAAUCAACGAUUGUCAUUUAUUGCUUUUUAAUUUGUGUUGCAUUUUAAGCAUUGGGGUUAAAACCAUCCAUAAUUAUUUAUCUCACCUGUUUAUGUUUAUGUUAUAUACAGCAAUGAAAUUAACAAGGUUUUGUCUGGGUUUGAAAUGUUGUGUUUCAUGUUUUAUUUUUGCUUAUAGUUUAUGAUUGAAAUAAGUCAAUGCUUUUGUGUGCAUAAGUAGCGUCCAUUAAACAUUGCUGCCAUUCUGAUGCAUGCAUUCCGGUAGCUGCAUGAAUAAAAUUUCUUAUUGCAAACUGACAAGCUAGCUUUUUUAUGUAAUUGUUGUUUGUUGAACAUUG